UAUACUUGCACGGAUAUUACUCAACAUAACCCACGUUUGAGGUACCCGCCAUAUUCUGUUUCAUUGCCAUUCCAAAUGCUAGGUGUGGUAUUUGUAAGGAACCAGCAAGUAAGUUAUUAUUAGAACGGAUCAAUUAAUUAAUAAUGCAAAAAAAAAAAAUUAAAGACAUACAUAUUUGUGUUGUUCAUUAAUAUAAUGUGUAUUAAUAAAUUCAUGGGGAGGAAAGAGUCAAUCUCAAAAGUACAUAUUUUAAGUACAUAUCAAACGAUCUAACUUCGUGACUUCAGCUUGAAAUCUGACUGAAAUCAUAUCAACCAUUAUUAAAAGUGUUUUACUAGUGACUUAUGCCAAGUAUCAAAGCUUUAAGUAGUCAAUACGGCUGACUGACUGAGACAAGUUUUAUGGUGAGAAAAUACUAACUAGUUUUAUGAGUGGAGAUGGCACAACAGAUCGAUGAAGAUCUAAUUGACCAGUUGAAAAUGGCCAACUCUGUAGCAGUCCGUGACAAGAAAACAACAAAAAUGCAGGCGAUGUUUGGAAAUAAAUAUAGCCCACACAAAACCCCGCAUCUCCUGAAUUCAAUGAUGGAAGCAGCAAUAAUGGAACAAGCCUCUUCAAUCCCUCACGUUCUCAUCUUCCCACUGCCAGUUCAGGGCCACGUCACCUCCAUGCUCAAACUAGCCGAGCUCCUGUCCCUCGCCGGCGACGGCGGCGGCAUCCGGGUAACAUUCCUCAACUCCGACUACAAUCACAAGCGCCUAAUCCAGUUCUCCGACGUCGAAUCCCGGUUCCGUAAAUACCCCGGUUUCCAGUUCAAGACCAUCGACGACGGCCUUCCAAUGGACCAGCUCACCAAGGGCGAGAAGGUCUUGGACUUGAUGGGGGAAAUGGGCUUGAAAACCAGGCCCAUUUUCAAAGAUUUGCUGGCCCAGAUGGACCCGCCGGUCACAUGUGUUAUCGGCGACGGCGUACUGGGGUUUAUCCGCGACGUCUCUGUGGAAGUCGGGAUCCCGAUUAUUCGAUUUCGCACAAUCGGAGCUUCUUGCUUCUGGAUUAACUUCUGGCUGCCGGAAAUUAUUCAGGCCGGCGAACUCCCCAUCCAAGGUGAGGAAGAUAUGGACAGGAUGAUCACGAAGGUCCCUGGAAUGGAAUCUUUCUUGAGGUGUCGAGAUCUACCAGGGUACUGCCGGCUUAGCGCCGACGACCCGGUUCUGGCUCGGAUUGUAAGGACGACGAGAGAAUCUUCUUCUUCGCCGCCGUCUCCUCUCAUUCUCAACACGUUUGAUGAUUUUGACGGCCCGAUUCAGGCCCAAGUCCGCCACCUCUUCCCCAAAACCUACGCAAUUGGGCCGCUCCACGAGCACCUGAAAUCACGGCUGCAGGCGACCGCGACGACGUCGUCGUCGUCGAACAGUCUGUGGAAGGAAGAGGCCGGCUGUCUGACGUGGCUGGAUACUCAGCCACCUGGCUCCGUGCUAUACGUCAACUUCGGGAGCAUCACAGUGAUGAGAAGGGAGCAGGUGGUCGAGUUCUGGGAAGGUCUGACCAGUAGCAAGAACCGGUUUUUGUGGGUCAUAAGGCCUGGGUUGGUUUCUCAUGAGGAGGAAUUGGAUGGUGGUGAUGAGAUUCCUGAAGAGCUUGUGGAAGGGGUUGAGAAGGAGAAUUUGAAGGUCCUGGUUGGCUGGGCGCCUCAGGAGGCGGUUCUGAGUCAUGGCGCGGUUGGUGGGUUCUUGACUCACAGCGGGUGGAACUCGACUCUGGAGAGCAUUGUGGCUGGGGUUCCGAUGAUCUGCUGGCCGUUUUUCGCGGACCAGCAAGUGAACAGUAGGAUUGUGAGUGAGGUUUUGAAGUUGGGUUUGGAUAUGAAAGAUGUUUGUGACAGAAGGGUUGUGGAAAGGAUGGUGAAUGAACUGAUGGUGGAGAAGAAGGAAGAGUUUGGGAGGAAGGCUGUGGAGAUGGCGAGAAUGGCGAAGGAGAGUGUCAAGGAAGGUGGAUCUUCUUACGAGAAUUUGGAGCUUCUGAUUGAAGAUAUCAAGUUGAUGAGUUCUCAAGCACGGGAGUUGAAAGGGUGCAAGAGCAGCAAAUAACAUUUCCUGAUGGAAAGCUGGUUUUGGGGGGGAAAUUGGACAUUGUAGAUGUAUAAGCAAAGAUUAUGUUUCAAUUUAGUCGAAGGUGUGUUUUGAAAGUUGGGAUCGUUUUGGUUAGAUAAUUACUGUGUAUAUGUAUUGUUUAGAAUGUAUCGUUUUUUAUUUUAUUUUUUUAGUAAAAACUAUACAUGGAUUGUUUCUGUGAUGUGACAGAAACGUUCACUCAUUUGAUUGUUAUAUCUCAACUUUUAGUUGUGAUUAUUUAGAUAAUUGAGUUGAUAUUGUUUUGUCUAACCUAUUAGCUGAUGUUACGUAUACAAUCACACAUACCAAACAUUGUAAUUUACGGUACAUCAAAUUCAAUAAUAUAUAUAUAAUAUUAUACAUGAAUUCCCAACAAUACAUAUAUUCAACGAUUCAACGAUGCAACUUCUCCAAAUAUUUCUGUAUUUCUAUUUCGGGGCUUUUUUUUUCAAGAUGUAUUUCAGGCCUUUAAGCUUGUAUUUUAUACGAGAAAAAGCCCAAUCUCGUAUUGCUCAUUCCGCGACUUCAACCGAGCAGAUAACUGGUCCAGUCCACUACCAUCCACGUGGAUAUGUGUUGAUAGCAAACUAAACUAGUUCGAAUCAACAAACGACCAAAUCGGCCCUAUCUUCUAUGAGCUUAGAAGGAGCCCAUUCGCCCAACAAUAUAAGGCCCAAACACUAUAAAUGGGUUCCCACAACACUUGGGGGCGAAGGGCGCCGUUUAAAUUUAAUUGGCAACAUCAUUGCUUCCCACUACCAUCGAAGAAAGAACUUUUGCAUGAUUACUAACAGGUGUUUGUGCAAUCCAAUGGGCCAAGAAGGCAUGUUUCUUGCAAAAUGACAGUGAACCAACCCACUUUCGCGAGACGAUGGCCCUCCAAAUUGUCUUGUUUGGUAUAACGUAACAUGAGGAAUCAUUUCAUCUUGAGUACUGCGGAUUCCAGGAUUCUCAAUUAGGGGAUUUAGUACGUCUUAUUAGUGCUCACCAUUAUUAUGUUCAGAAAUAAAAUAAUAAUGGAGUCAUUAAAAAAGAAUUCUCAACAUAUUAUGUAUUCCGCUUUGUUGCGCUUCUUUCGAGUCAAAUGGAAAUUCGCAUUCCGUUAAUUUGGAUAUGUUGUAUUUCGUCACUAUUCAUACUUGUCUACAACAAUAUGAUCAAGAUAUCUCACUAUGAAUUUAAGAGUUCGACUAACCUACAAUCAACGAGUCCUAAAGUGUGAUAUGUGUGGGUCUUCAUGCAGGUAUAUUGUCGGUGUAUUUGGAAUGACAAAAACUCAAAAAAAAAAAAUAUAGAUAAAGUAGUUUAAUACUCAAUAGAAUUUUCAGAGAGGUCUAAAAACAAUAUACAAUGCAUAAUCAAGUAGUGUAACAUGUCAAAGUAAGAAAUGCACACACUUGUUUCUCUCAAAGAAACGACAAAUAUCAAACAUCUUAUAAGUGAAACUAUCAAAUCACUUAAACAUGCUCGUGGUUUCUCUAAUAUGUACUCGAUUGGAUCACAAGUCGUGAGUGAGUGUGUGGAUGUACUUGCAACAUAGCAUUCCUGGUUGACUUUUGUCUUAUUUUGGCAUAAUACAUUUUGUUGCCAACUACGGUAUUCCAAUAGGAGAAUUUUCUGCUUUUAAAUAAAGGGAGUAGCAAAAAGGCUGUUGAUGAAGCACCAUGAACCCAAAUUUAACUUCAAUCCUACACAUUACACAAUUAAAGAUGAGAUUCUCGAGAUCACAUGAACUCGUAAAAGUGAUUUAGUGAAAAAAAGCAUCAGCGGUGAGGUAAUCACAUGUGUUGUACAAGCUAACCCAUAAACAUUUUUAUUCGAGGUGGUGAGUCCUCCUCAGUCCUCUCCUCCCCAACCCGCCAUGUGCAGAGCAAAGAUGGAUGACAUGACAUUCAUUUCAUGAUUCCUUCCAUUCUCCAACAAAGACAUUCAUACCAAUCCAAAUCAAAAAAAUGAAUCAGC